UCUUCCUCUGUUCUUCUCUGCAUCAGAUGGAAGAUAACAAUCCUCCCAAGGAUUACUAUAAGAUCCUAGAAGUUGAUUAUGAUGCAACUGAAGAGAUGAUCAAAGUGAGCUAUCGGAAGCUUGCAUUGAAGUGGCAUCCUGAUAAGCACAAUGGUGAUACUGUGGCUACUUCAAAAUUUCAAGAGAUUAAUGAAGCUUAUAAUGUGCUAAUGGACCCUGCUUUACGUUUUGAGUAUGAUUUGACCGGUAUUUACGAGAUCCACAAAUACACUUUGCGGGAAUAUCUGGCUAGAUUUAAGGGAAUGAUACUCACUUGCAAUGGACUUGGCAUCAGUCACUCCUCAUCACCAUGGACACAACAAUUGGCGGAAGGCAACAACACUACAGAUGAGCAAGGAUACUGUAUAAACUGAAGAAGAAACAGAGCUUUGUAACUUUUGAUCCGAAACUCAAAAGGCAUUAUUAUACCGUCUCACCGGAUAAUUACCAGGCGUGGGAAUAUAGGAGUACGCCCAGUACGCCCCAUUUGACGAUAUAACAGCUUUUGCAGGAUGUUUGAAUACUUAGAAAUUUGAUGGUACCAUAAGAAGAAACAUUGUCAGGUUAAUGCUUAGCUUCACAUAUUGUGGGUUAAGACUCAAGUAUUUACUGUAUUAUUAUCAUUCAUUGGUCACACACACUUAGAGUAGACAUCAAAGCGAAACAAGAAUAAAAGCUCCAACCUUGGAUAUGUGUUGUGGGUUUUGUAGCUCUGCUUAUUAUACCAACAAAAUGGAUAUCUUACAUCUCUGUAUGUAAUUAUGUUCUGUGUUGUUUUUUUCUGUAACCAAUAAAACAAAAAAUCUAUAGGUA